AUGCUGACAGAUGACCUCGCCCAGCAGCUUCAUGUCACCGUUAAAUGGGAUCAGGGGAGUUCUAACGCUGACUGGAACCGGCCCUGGAGAAGGGAGGAGGACCACUGCGCCGCAAUGCCUCGUGCCCAGACUCCUGAGCUGGCCCAGAAGGGUUCCAUGGAUUCCAAGACUGCUACCUUUGAACGUAUUGUGGGCGAGAUCGCCUUCCAGCUGGACCGCAGGAUCCUCUCCAGCAUCUUCCCUGACCGAGUCCGCCUCUAUGGCUUCACCGUCGGCAACAUCCCCGAAAAAAUAAUGCAGGGUGAAAGUGACACCGUCAACCCCCUGACCCAAGAGCAGCGUGCGGCGAUGAUGGAGCGCUACAACGAAAUCAUGAGCCGCUUGAAGCCGCAAAACUACAACCCCACCUUCCAUCCUCAGUUCACAGAGCAUAUUGUGAACACUUACGGAAUCCUCCGAGAGCGUCCCGAUGCGUCAGGCUCUGAAGCAGAGCUCUACAACGACCUGAAUUACCUGCACGAGGUGAUUGUCAGUGUGGUUCCCCAAGACAAGGUAGCCGACUGCUUGAUCCUGCUCAACUGCCUCCGAUUGCUGUCCCAGGCUGAUGGGAAGCCCCUGUUCAUCUGGUGACCCCCCU